AUGCAGAGCCUGAAUUGCUGCCGGCCGACAGGGGGCAUUAGCCAGCUUCUGAGGAAACUAUUCAGAGCAAGCCCGUCUUCUUCUGUAGACGGUACUCAGGAGAUCUACGCAGGCGGUGAUCCUUGUUUGUCCGCGGUGCACCGUACCUGGCGGUCCUUCAUAGCCAUGGUUUAUCACUCUAGUUUCAUUGAUGAUGACGGGAUCACAAAAGCCUGUGGGUGUCCUUUGCUUCCACUCAAAACCCAUAUAAAGGGCCCAGCCCCAGCCUCAGAUUCAGAUAAGGCGGAUAUAGUUGAUGAAGCGAUAACUUUCUUCCGUGCAAAUGUUUUCUUCAAAAACUUCCAUGUCAAAAGCCCAGCAGACAAAUUGCUCAUCUAUCUGACAUCUUACAUCAAUAUUGCCUUGAAAAGACUAGAAACCUGCCGGACGCUGGCUGUCGGAACUAAGGCAAUCAUUAACCUGGGGUUGGAAAAAGUUCCUGUGCCUGGGGAACCAGGGUUUCCUUUCCCUGGACUUUUCACUCUCCCCCAAUCUGGGGAGGAAGCAGAACUGUUGAGGAACUAUCUGAAGCAGAUAAGGGAGGAAACGAGCGGGAGGCUGCUCAACUGCGCAUACAGAGCUAAUGGCACUCCCAACAAAUGGUGGCUGGCUUUUGCGAAGAGGAAGUUCAUGAACGUUGUCAUCCUUUAG